CCUAUCUGACGUGUCCACGCUCCUCACUUUUCCUCUAUUUAAUCUUUCCCUUCCUCUCUUCUUCCUGUCCACUUCCACUUUUCUCACCCACCAUUUUCCAUCAAUUUCAAAAAAAUAUUAAAACACCAAAACCAAAGCCUCCCCACUUACAACGUUCUUCUUCAUCAUCUUUCUCUCUCUCACUCACUCUGUCUAACUUUUAUCAGAUUAGCUUUUACACUUUUUUUUUUUUUUUUUUCUUUCUACCUUCAAUGGCGGAAUGUAGGAAGCUCGUUGUAGAGGUGUGUAAUGCGAAGAAUCUAAUGCCAAAAGACGGUCAGGGAACAGCCAGUGCCUAUGCAAUCGUAGACUAUGAUGGUCAGCGACGGCGAACGAAGACCAAAUUUAGAGAUCUGAAUCCUCAGUGGGAUGAGAAGCUUGAGUUCUUGAUCCACGAUUCAGAUGCCAUGGCUUCCGAAAUUUUGGAAAUCAAUCUCUACAACGAUAAGACCAAGACUGGCAAGAGAAAUACUUUUCUAGGCAAGGUCAAGAUCUCUGGCUCUACUUUUGUCAAAUCUGGAUCGGAGACUCUUGUUUACUAUCCCUUGGAGAAACGGAGCGUUUUUUCGCAGAUUAAAGGUGAGAUUGGGAUUAAGGUUUUCUAUGUCGAUGAAGAACCACCGGCUAGUACCGCUACUCCGGCGGAGGAGAAAGCUCCGGCAGCUGCUACACCGGCGGAGGAGAAGCCGCCGGAGAAAGCAAAGGAGGAAGAGAAAGCUGACGAAAUUAAGAAAGAGGAGGUGAAAAAAGAGGAUGAGAAGCCUAAGGAAGAGAGUACUAAAGCACAGGAACCAAAGACGCCAGAGAAACCCAAGGCAAACAAUGAGACUCAAUCUGCUUCUCCGGCUGUGGUAACCACUCCAGCACCCGUAGAAACCCCACCCCUCACGCAAGGAGGCGAUAAGCCCAAAAAGGAGGAGAAAUCGGUGGAGAGAAUCGGUGCGAAUGAGAUGGACGUUCGAUCUUUGGCUAAUGAUCGGAGUCGCAGCGCUUUCGAUCUCGUUGAUCGUAUGCCGUUCUUGUUCGUCAAGGUUGUGAAAGCCAAGCGAGAAAGCAACGAAUCGGGAUCGUCGAUUUACGCCAAGCUCGCAAUUGGAACUCACAGUAUCAAAACCAAGAGCCAGAGCGACAAAGAUUGGGACCAAGUUUUUGCCUUCGAUAAAGAGGGGUUGAACUCAACCUCUCUGGAGGUCUCUGUAUGGACAGAGGAGAAGAAAGAGAACGAUCAGACCACGGAGAGUUGUUUGGGAACGGUGUCGUUUGAUCUUCUGGAGGUGCCAAAGCGAGUCCCGCCGGAUAGUCCCCUGGCUCCGCAAUGGUACACUUUGGAAUCGGAGAAGUCAUCGGCAAAUGACAUCAUGCUGGCGGUUUGGCUCGGAACUCAGGCGGAUGAGGCUUUUCAGGAAGCAUGGCAGUCGGAUUCCGGCGGAUUGAUACCGGAGACCCGAGCCAAGGUAUACCUCUCUCCUAAGCUUUGCUAUUUGAGACUAACGGUUAUCCAAACCCAGGAUUUGCAGUUAGGUUCGGGAUCCGAAGCUAAGGCUCGGAAUAUUGAGUUCUAUGUUAAGGCUCAGCUCGGCGCGCAAUGUUUUAAAACUAACCGUACAUCUGUCGGAACGUCAUCAUCCUCAAGCUCAGAUAACCCCACGUGGAAUGAAGAUCUGGUGUUUGUCGCAGCCGAGCCGUUUGAGCCGUUUCUGGUUCUUGCUGUGGAAGAUGUGACCAACGGACGUUCGGUGGGCCAUACAAAGGUACACGUGGCAAGCAUAGAAAAGCGAAUAGAUGACAGGGCUCAACCAAAGUCCAGAUGGUUCAAUCUGAUUGGCGAUGAAAGUAAGCCGUACGCUGGGAGAAUACACGUGCGAGUAUGUCUGGAAGGUGGAUAUCACGUGCUGGAUGAAGCUGCCCACGUGACAAGCGAUGUUAGAGCAGCAGCGAAGCAGCUCGCUAAGGCUCCAGUAGGCCUGCUUGAAGUUGGUAUACGUGGCGCUACUAAUCUGCUUCCCGUGAAGACCACAGACGGUACGCGUGGGACCACUGAUGCUUACGUGGUCGCCAAAUAUGGGCCCAAGUGGGUCCGUACCCGUACGAUUCUUGAUCGUUUUAGUCCACGUUGGAAUGAGCAGUACACGUGGAAUGUCUACGAUCCAUGUACGGUUCUCACCAUCGGUGUUUUCGACAAUGGAAGGUACAAGCGAGAUGAAGCUGGCAAGCCCGGAACAGAUCUCCGAGUCGGAAAGAUACGUGUGCGGCUCUCGACGCUCGACACGAACCGGGUUUACGUGAACUCGUAUCCAUUGGUUGUGGUGCUUCCAGGUGGGGCCAAGAAGAUGGGGGAGAUCGAGAUAGCCGUUCGAUUUUCAUGUUCUUCGUGGCUCAGUUUAAUCCAAGCCUACGCCACGCCGACAUUGCCGAAGAUGCACUACGUGAGCCCACUGAGCCCAGCCCAGCAAGACAUUCUGCGCCACACAGCCAUGCGAAUAGUAACGGCUCGGCUUGCACGGUCUGAGCCGGCUCUGGGACAAGAAGUGGUUCAGUACCUGUUGGAUUCGGACACGCACAUGUGGAGCAUACGGCGAAGCAAGACAAACUGGUUCCGAGUGGUUGGCUGCUUGUCACGUGCCGCCACUUUGGCUCGUUGGCUCGAUGGGAUCCUCAUGUGGACACACCCACCCACUACUGUUUUAGUGCAUGUGUUCCUCGUGGCAGUAGUUCUAUGCCCGCAUCUUGUUCUCCCUACCGUUUUCAUGUACGCCUUCUUGAUCCUAGCACUGAGAUUUCGUUACCGCUCAAGGGUCCCACAUAACGUGGACCCGAGAUUAUCCUAUGUGGACGUGGUCAGCCAUGAUGAACUGGAUGAAGAAUUUGAUGGGUUUCCAACUAGUAGACCGUCUGAUGUGGUUCGAGUUAGGUAUGACAGGCUACGGGCCUUAGCGGGUCGGGCCCAAACCCUACUCGGUGACGUGGCGGCACAGGGAGAGCGUUUAGAGGCUCUGUUUAAUUGGCGUGAUCCAAGGGCAAGUGGGAUAUUCUUGAUGUUUUGCUUGCUGGCCUCUUUUGUAUUCUAUGCGGUGCCAUUUAAGGUUAUUCUGUUGGGAUUGGGAUUCUAUUAUCUACGACAUCCAAGAUUCCGCGACGACACGCCGUCUGUUCCAAUCAACUUUUUCCGGCGACUACCAUCUCUAUCUGAGCAAAUUAUGUAAGAAGGACUAAGAUAGAUGUGUUAUGUGUAUUACACUUGCUUGGUGACUUUCAUGGAGUUAUCGUAUCAUGGAGUUAUGUGAUACGAAUAUUGUUUCAUUUUUUGUAGUAACUUUAAAAUAAUAAAAGAAGUUCUUGCGAUUUUCCACUUUGUUUUAUUUAAAGAGAAAUUGCGAAACCUUGUUAACUUUUAUAUCAUGUGCUUCUUAUAGUUUAGAAUCUUAAUUUACAAGUAAAAUUGCAAGACAAUGACCAUCAAGGCUCUUUAUCCACCACGGCACCACCAUCCCCAAGUUGGUCAUAAUGAUGGGAGUCAAAAACUCCUUAACGGCCAUAUGUAAUCCUGUCUAAUCCUACAAUAGUACUCAAUGUGCAAUUGACAUGUAGAAGCAAGAAUUGCGAUGUGGGGGUUACAUGGAUGGGUGACAGCAAUGUAACAAAUGAUGAAGCAACAUAUGCAGGAUUAACUGGGGUCUAAGAAAACAAAAGUCUGUGUUUCUACUUGGUGGAAUUGCAAAGGGGAACUUGGUGGCUAGUAACUCUCACACUCUAUGAAGUACAUCUUCAAUGUUCACCGCUUCGAUAUGCAAAUAACUAGUUGUUGUUCUGAUUUCAUAAUGGGCAAUCUUACAAAAUACAAUCGGAAAUAGGUAAAGCAAAAUAAUUGUAGGAAACUGGAAAUAGUUAUCUCGUUGAGCAGAUCCAGUAAGAGGAAGAGAGAGGGAUAAAAUCAGUCAUAUAGUACAAGAGACAACAAAUUUGUAAAAAACUGGAAAAUGGUUAGUUUAUAGAAGCGAACUUUAGUUACAGGUUUAGUUGCAUUUUUAGUACUCUAGGGAAUAUGGUGGACUUCAUGUAAAUAAGUUAUGCUUUUCUACUUGCCAUCAUUCCUAAUAUUCAUUUUGUGUUUGGGUAUAGGUCCCUACUUAGCUAGCCAGCUAGCAUCCUGGUCAGCCUGUGCAAUCACAUGGUUCUUGCAAGAGUAGUGACACACACCUUGAUUUUUUUCUAGUUUCUGUACAAACUAGAGUUAUCAUUUUAUGCCUAACAGUAAAUAAAAAAAAAUGACCAUUCUAAUAAUAUUUGUUUUACAUAUCAUGUGAGUUCGGAGUUCUUUUAUAGCAUGCAAUGAGUUAUGGAAUUAGGUCCUUUUGAAGAGCCUUCUGCCUGUUUUUUGGUUUCUAUAAUAUAUUUUUCCAUCUUUUAUUAUUAUGUUUCAAGAUCUCUUUCCGAAAUCUGUCCAAAAGGAAAAAGAAAGUUUUUUGUUUUUUUCUUUUUCUUUUUUAUUAUGUUUCAAUAUCUCUUUCUGUAUUCAGUCCAAAAGGAAAAAGAAAGUUUCUUUCUUUAGUUCUUAAUGCUCUGAUACAUCAAGAGUUUCUUUCUUUAGUUCUUGAUGCUCUGAUACAUCAAUUUCCAUUCUUUCAUUAUUUAUUUAUUUUAUUUUAUUUUUGUUAAAUUCUUUACAGCUAUGUGAAAUUCUAAUUUGGCACUGGGAUUUGUUUUCUGGAAAUUUUGCAGUAAUUUUAUUGGCAACAACCUCACCAUUGAAAGUUCAAAUAGCAAGCAAAUAAGUCUUCCACAUUCUAUAACUAACCACGUGACCAUCUUCCUUUCUCUGCUUCAUCAUGAAGCAUUGCAUUCCCAACUAAGUGAUAUGAUUCUCUUUUGCUUUCAAUUCUCGUCUUCCAUACCUUAGAAUGCCAUAGCUGGUAGUAACCAACAAAAUAAGGUUGAGAAUCAAUUGGUACCAGGAAAUUUAAGUUUGUGCGCUGAUAUAGGAGAGUAUAAUGUAAAAGUUUUCAUACAAAACAACUAGAUUGGAGAUAUAUCUUAUAUCUCAGUAACAAGCUCCUUUUUGUUGAAUGCUUAAUUUUUUAGUUAAUAUACUUUUAAUACUAACAUGGUUUUUUGCUACUUAUUAUUGUGGUAGAAAUUAGGAUUUUGUUCCUGCACUAACAUGAGAGGAUGGAAACCAAAAUAUUCAGUACCAACUACUUAAUAACAAAAUUUCUGCAUCUACAAAGGAGUCUUUUACUUCAUGACUCAUGAGGGGCAGAGAACUUAGAGAGUUAUAUAUAAAUAUAUAUAUAUAUAUAUUCAUGAACGUCAUUUAUAUGUGAAUGGAACUUGUGUAUGUUCAAGAAUCUCAUUUGUUUGGCUAUAUAAUUGGCAGGGAAACAUGUUUUAAAAGAUUUUGAUAUAUUAAAAAAAAAAAAUUUAAAAAAAAAAAAGGGAGGUGGGAUAUCAGCCCAAGCUGUGCAUAAGGAAUUUAUGGCUCUGGCAAUACCAGAAAACUAGUUUGAAGUUUGUCUAUUUUGAGCUGGACAAGGUACUUGUUCUACACCUCUUCAGGGUGCGUAUUAUGGACCUUCUAUUUCAGCCAUCUGUGCUAAACCUGGUAACAUAGAGUACUCAAACAUGUUACUGAAGUUAAACCAGAUGUUCCCUUUUUUUAUUUUGUUCUUUUAAGUACUGAUUUUUCUGCCAUGCCUGCACAUAUAACUGACUACUGAAUCUCUGAUACAGAAUUCACUCCUACAUUCUCUAAAGAAGCCUCCAACAAGUAGAAUUCCAAGAACAGGGCUGGACAAUGUCCAUGGUGAGAAGUCAUGCAUCAGGACAAAACUUCUUCAUGGUGAUUGUUAGGUUUCUGGAUACAUGCGCUGGUUCAAUGUCAGCAGGUCAAAGUUCAUUUUAAUUGUUCUAGUUUUGUCAGCAGGUCAAAGUUGCAAUUUCUGUUUUACAAGAACCUGUAUAAACAAGAGCUAUGCCUAUUGUAAAUAGAAAUUUAUAACGAUGUUCUCCUCUUGUAAUUAGUGUUUUUUUCUUA